AAGUAGAUGGAGUAGAUAGAUCCCACCUGCCACAGAAAUCGCAGAAAGACAAUGGAGGAAGCCAAGGGAGUAGUAAAGCACAUCUUCCUAGCCAAGUUCAAAGAAGAAAUCUCAUCUGACCAAAUUGAGAAACUCAUUAAGGGAUAUGCCAAUCUCGUCAAUCUAAUCGAACCCAUGAAGGCUUUCCACUGGGGUACAGAUGUGAGUAAUGAGAACCUGCAUCAAGGUUUCACUCACGUCUUUGAAUCUACCUUUGAGAGUACAGAAGGAGUUGCAGAAUAUGUAUCUCAUCCUGCUCAUGUUGAAUUUGCCAAUUUGUUCUUAGCUGCUGCAGAGAAAGUUAUUGUUAUUGACUAUAAGCCCACAACUGUUCGCCUCUAAAUUGUGAGGCUGUAGCCAAGGAGACUGGAGGAGAGAGAGGAAGCCUCUUAUAUGAGAGUUGAGAGGCAGCAAUUGAUGCAGAAGCUACAGAUGAAGAUGAGGAACGAGGUCGUGUAAAAACUUCGUCUAAUCAUGUUUGUGGAACCCUUUUGGUUGUGUGCAUGUUCAAUAAUUUUUUUUUUCCAACAUGUUUGAUUGAUGAUGACACUACGAUAUUACAUUGUAUCUUCCUGUAAGGCUUAAAUUGUAUGUCUGUCUAUCUGUAAACCUUUAUUAAAAUCUGCUAAAUUGAAUGUUGCCAGAUUUUUCAUCGAA